AUGAGCUCCAGAGUGCAAGCAGCUUUGAUCGCAAGUGCGGUUACUUCAUCAAGCAAAGUGCCAUAUUCUGUUCAUACGGAACGCCACCGCGCACCUGCUGCAGGUAUCUAUGCACACAGUCAACGGAAACACUCAUUAAGUCCCGUAUAUUCUGUACGGCAAGGAACCAAUGGUACCACAUCUACUACCGGUGUGUCACAUACUGAUCGCCUUCAAGUACAAAAAAUGUUAGUGGUAUUUCAUGUUCGAAAAAUAUUUGGGAUGUUGCUGAUAAGAAGUUAUGAUGUUUACGCGAGAUUAUAA